GUCGUGUUCUCAUUCGAAGAUUCUUUCUGGAAUCAGAACCAGACCACUUUCACCGGCUUCCGCAAACUGCCGGAGUCCCUUGGUAUUAAGCAGGCCAAGUGAAGCACCCACGCCUUGGUGAUCCAGCAGUGAAUCGGAACGAUCGGAUCAGUACAAGUUAAAUAUAACGAGAAAAAGCAUAAAGAGCUGCACAGAUAAAGUUUCUUCGCGAGGCUUUUGCAGUGUUACCAUUGUUUCUUUGUAUAACCUCGAGCUCUUGGAGUGGGGUUUGUCGAGCUUUUUCCCAAGGAUUACAUGUCAUGCAGAGGCUGAAUAUUCUCAAGUGCAAAGCUUCAUUCGGUUUGAGAAGUAAUCCCGUUGAACAACACGGAAUUAGGAUCCAAUGUACUGUCACUGCACGGUCUGACAUUAGAAGUGAUUCCGGAGCUUUUCUCGUGAUGGAGAAGGUUCCGCCAGCUAAGAUUAAUUGCAGGCGAAUCCUCCGGCUAGGAAGAAUCAAAAGUGCAGUAAAUGAAAAUAUCGGAAAUGAAGACGAGGAAGAUGAUGAUCUCUGUCCUGUCGACUGUGUCAGGGAAUUCAAGACCAAUGAAGAGUUCCUCAGGAUCCUCGAGAAGGCCAAGGAGACGAAUUCCCUUGUUGUAGUUGAUUUCUACCGGACGUCUUGCGGAAGCUGCAAGUACAUAGAGCAGGGUUUCUCGAAGCUGUGCAAGGGGUCGGGCGAUCAAGACGCUCCAGUCAUAUUCCUAAAGCACAAUGUUAUUGAUGAGUAUGAUGAAGAGUCCGAGGUUGCUGAACGGCUAAGAAUAAGGGCAGUCCCGCUGUUUCACUUCUACAAGAACGGGGUCCUCUUGGAAGCAUUCCCGACCCGGGACAAGGAGAGGAUCGUCCAAGCCAUCCUCAAGUACAUGGCUCCCGCGUCCCGUGCUUCCUGAUGCCAUUGCAGCUCUCUAUCUGCUCCAACAUUUGUACAUGAGAACGGUUGAUCUAAGUCAUUCCUAUAGAUAUUACUUCCUACGGUUACACCAUUUCGUUGCUCCACAUUCUAUUUUGUACGCUUCAUUAAUCAAUUCUACUAUAAAUAAAAUCGAAUAAAUGACGUGCCGUUCUUCGACCCAA